CUCCCAGAUCUAAACAGAUUAGAGAAUUUUGAAGUGAUAUUUUUGGAAUGAGCAUCAUAAAUACUUUAAAGAAAAAUUUUCAUACAAUUUUUCAGCAAUUUUAAUGAUAUGCUAGGUUAAUGAAAUUUUUACGCUAUGCCUAAUGUGAAAGUGUAACUAAAAAUAUAUAUUAAAUAAUUAUAAAUAGUUAGUUGUUUUUAAUAUGUUUGGGAAUCAAUCAAAUAUUUCUAAACAAACAUCAAAACUGAAUAUAUUCAAACGUCAUCGUAUUCUGGUAAAUGAUAGGAAAUUUGGAAAUAAAAACAAAUUAAACAAGAUAAGACUCAAUAAGUGCGGAUCAAGCAACCUAGGAAACUUGAAAAAUAAAAAGAAAUCCAGCUAUUAUUCAUUUCAUAAUAAGAAAAAGUAUGCUACUACUUCGAGUAUUGAAAUAAAAAAAGCGUCAAAUUAUGUUCGUAAUGUUGAUUUUAUGAAUGCAUAUCGAGAAGUAAAUAUAGAAACAGCAAGUGCUUUGCAGGAUUCCAUCACAGAUUGUGAACAACUGUUUGAGUGGAUAGUUUAUCCGUUAAAAAAAACUGAUUUCUUCAAAAAUCACUGGGAAAAAAUGCCUUUGCAUAUUAAACGAAACAAACCUAACUUUUACAGAAAUUUAUUGUCAACAUCUAUGUUAGACAGUAUAUUGCGGGAGAACGUUAUUAUCUUUUCAAAAAAUAUAGAUAUAACAUGUUUCUCUAAUGACAUUAGGGAAACUCAUAAUCCACCGGGUAGGGCAUUACCUAGUAUUGUAUGGGAUUACUAUGCAAAUGGAUGUUCGAUAAGGUUACUUAAUCCACAAGUAUAUAUUCAGAAAUUACAUGUAAUGAAUGCUACUCUUCAAGAAUUUUUCUGCUGCUUUGUUGGAGCUAACUUAUAUUUGACGCCUCCUAACAGUCAAGGUUUCGCUCCUCAUUAUGAUGAUAUAGAGGCAUUUGUAUUGCAAAUUGAGGGAAAAAAGAGAUGGCGAUUAUAUAAGCCAAGAACUGAAAAGGAAUACCUACCUCGGGAAGCAUCUCCUAACUUAACUCAAAAUGAAAUAGGAGAGCCUAUUCUGGAGACAAUUGUCACUGCAGGAGAUUUAUUAUACUUUCCGCGUGGAACUAUUCAUCAAGGAGAUACUUUAAAUAUUAAUGAACAUAGUUUACAUAUAACUAUAAGUGUUUAUCAAAAAAAUUCUUGGGGAGAUUUUUUAGACAAACUUCUACCUAUAAGUUUAACAAGAGCAGUUAAUGAUGAUGUGAUGUUCAGAAAAGGGUUGCCACUUGACUACUCAAAAUAUAUUGGUAGUGCAUGUUCUACAGCAUCGAAAAAUCUAUUUCAAGAUUUUAAGACUAAAUUAAAGUUUCUGUUAAAUCUGAUAUUUUCAAAAUACUUAGACAUUAAUAAAGCAGCCGAUGAAAUGUUUAAAAAUAAUAUCCAUGAUUUUUUACCACCGAUAUUAAAUGAAGAUGAAAACUUGUAUUCAGUUUACGCUGGUGGAGAAAAAAUGAUUGACGGUGGUAUAAUUAUAAAUCAAAUAAAUAUUGAACUUGAUACAUUUAUUCGAUUAUCAAGAUUUCAUUGUUCUAGGUUAGUUAAAGAUGACUAUGCAUAUCAUUUGUAUUACUCAUGUGAUAAUUCCAAAGAGUAUCAUGAGUAUGAAUUACAAUAUCUAGAAGUGGAUGAAGAAUUUGUGCCUGCCAUACAAAAACUUUAUCAGAAAUUUCCGCAUUAUAUUAGGGUAAAAACUCUGCCAAUUAAUGAAACAGAUAAGAAGAUUCAAAUAGUUCGAGAUUUAUGGGAAAAAGGUAUCAUUAUUGCGAAAGUUUCUAUCGCUGAUUGAAUGAAUAAUGUCAGGAUUAAAGAAAAUUUAUGAUACAAAUAUUAAAAAAUUAAAAAAUAAUAAGUAAAUAAUUGUUUACUAUACAAUUAAAUUAUUCGUCAAUAUUUAAUAUAAAUUUCCAAUCACCAUUUUUUACUUUAUGAAUGACAUCCACAACACCAAUAUCAUCCAAAAUUUGUGCGUUGAAAUAUACUUUUCAAAACCUUUAAAAAACAAGUUACUUACUGUAACGAUCACAUGGUAGUACAAUUAACAGCAUUAAAUG